CUAUAACUUAAACAACGCUCCAGAGCGUAGUUCAAGCGCAGCCCAGAUCCGCAGCUCCGCGGCGCGGGCCCGGGCCGGGGUCGCGCAUCUCCAGACGGACUGAGCAGCCGGGCGCGAGCGAAAACAAACAGCUGGGGCUGCGAGCGCCCCCGCCCCAGCCCUUAGAGCUCGCCGGCCCGGGUUCCCACACGGGGCACCCGCCCGCCCACCAUGAGGAAGAUCCGCGCCAAUGCCAUCGCCAUCCUGACCGUAGCCUGGAUCCUGGGCACUUUUUACUACUUAUGGCAGGACAACCGAGCCCACGCAGCAUCCUCAAGCGGCCGGGGCGCGCAGAGGGCCGGCGGGAGGCCGGAGCAGCUCCGCGAAGACCGCACCAUCCCGCUUAUUGUGACAGGAACACCCUCCAGAGGCUUUGAUGAGAAGGCGUACUUGGCGGCCAAGCAGCUGAAGGCCGGAGAGGACCCCUACAGGCAGCACGCCUUCAACCAGCUGGAGAGCGACAAACUGAGCUCAGACCGGCCCAUCCGGGACACCCGCCACUACAGCUGUCCGUCCUUGUCCUACUCCGCGGACCUGCCGGCCACCAGUGUCAUCAUCACCUUCCACAAUGAAGCCCGAUCGACCCUCCUGCGCACGGUGAAGAGCGUCCUGAACCGAACUCCUGCCAACCUGAUCCAGGAGAUCAUUUUAGUGGAUGACUUCAGUUCAGAUCCUGAAGACUGCCUGCUUCUGACCAGGAUCCCUAAGGUCAAGUGCCUGCGCAACGACCGGCGAGAAGGGCUGAUCCGGUCCCGAGUUCGCGGGGCAGAUGUGGCCUCAGCGGCCGUCCUCACCUUUCUGGACAGCCACUGUGAAGUGAACACUGAGUGGCUGCAGCCCAUGCUGCAGCGGGUGAAGGAGGACCACACCCGCGUGGUGAGCCCCAUCAUUGAUGUCAUCAGUCUGGAUAACUUUGCUUACCUUGCUGCAUCUGCUGACCUUCGCGGAGGAUUCGACUGGAGCCUGCAUUUCAAGUGGGAGCAGAUCCCUCUUGAGCAGAAGAUUGCCCGGACGGACCCCACCAAGCCCAUAAGGACGCCUGUCAUCGCUGGAGGAAUCUUUGUGAUUGACAAGUCCUGGUUUAACCACUUGGGAAAGUAUGAUGCCCAGAUGGACAUCUGGGGGGGAGAGAAUUUUGAGCUCUCCUUCAGGGUGUGGAUGUGCGGGGGGAGCUUGGAGAUCGUGCCCUGCAGCCGGGUGGGCCACGUCUUCCGGAAGCGGCAUCCCUACAACUUCCCUGAGGGCAAUGCCCUCACCUACAUCAGGAAUACCAAGCGCACUGCAGAGGUGUGGAUGGACGAAUAUAAGCAAUAUUACUAUGAAGCCCGUCCCUCGGCCAUCGGGAAGGCCUUUGGCAGCGUGGCCACAAGGAUUGAGCAGAGGAAGAAGAUGAACUGCAAGUCCUUCCGCUGGUACUUGGAAAACGUCUACCCAGAGCUCACGGUCCCGGUGAAGGAAGCCCUCCCUGGCAUCAUUAAGCAAGGGGUUAACUGCUUAGAGUCCCAGGGCCAGGACACUGCUGGUGAUUUCCUGCUCGGAGUGGGGAUCUGCAGAGGGUCUGCCAAGAACCCCCCAGCACCCCAGGCAUGGCUGUUCAGUGACCAUCUCAUCCAGCAGCAGGGGAAGUGCCUGACCGCCACCUCCACCUCCGUCGCCCCUGGGUCCCCGGUCGUACUGCAGGUGUGCAACCCGAGAGAAGGGAGGCAGAGAUGGAGGAGAAAAGCCUCUUUCAUCCAGCAUUCGGUCAGCGGCCUCUGCCUGGAGGCCAAGCCCGCCCAGCUGGUGACCAGCAAGUGCCAGGCUGAUGCCCCGGCCCAGCAGUGGCAGCUGUUGCCACACACAUGACGCAAACACCCCUGCCGUGAAACGCCAUUCUCCAAAGCUUGUACAGAGAGGGCGCAGGGGCGUGCCCCGAUACCCCGGCUGCCAACCGCCCUCACCUCGGGACGAAAGAAGGUCGGAUGCUGGACUGCCGUGGGGCGGAGACUGGGCAAGUGCCCUCGCCCUUUGUCCCCUCACUUCUCCUUCCUGGGAGCCCUCCCCCGUUGGCGGGGGAGAACAAGGACAGAAGCCCACACAGGGUGCCCACUGUGUCACAGAGCCUGCCUGUGGGGUCAGGCAUGGGAACAGGCUG